CUCAGCUAUACAUCCUUUGUUUAACUCAUACUCAGCUGGUGACUUACGCUGGCAAUCAUUGUUAGUGCAGCAACUGUAGAAGAAUGUGAUUUAAAUAAAUAUAAAAUAAAUUAAACUAUUGCUGUCUACUUCUUAGUCACCCUGCGUCACAUGAUGGCGCCACCCAAUCGAAAGCAGAGAUGUCUUGUGGUCGUCAUGGCGACGGUCGAGGGGGACUCAGCUGACGGAUGCUGAGGAGAAAGAGCGAUGCCUGGCCGGGUAGUCUGCUCUGGUAGUGAAGAGAAGAUGCAGAAGGAAUGAGUUACCCCUAAGGAGGUUACGCCAACAUCCUUCUGUCGCAUACAGUAUACCAGAUGAAAAGAGAGUGUUACAGAUAUGCAUAGAGACUAAGUGGAUAUGACAGCAGAGCAGAAACUACAAACGAUAUAAACUGAAAUCUCACCUGUACAACCCGCUACACAUGAUUUCCCCAUUGUCUGUAACUGAACAGAAACAUGACGCUUAUUAAAGGUUCCUUUAAGUACACUAGUGGGGAAGAAUAUCAUGGAGAAUGGAAGGAAGGCCGGAGGCACGGAAUUGGUCAGUUGUUAUUUGCUGAUGGAAGCAUCUAUGUGGGUCAGUUUGAAAAUGGACUUUUCAGCGGAUGUGGCGUUCUGACCUUUCCAGAUGGCUCAAGGUAUGAAGGGGAGUUUGUUCAAGGAAAAUUUCAAGGAACUGGUGUUUUCACCCGCUAUGAUAACAUGAAAUUUGAGGGAGAAUUUAAAGGGGGUCGGGUUGAAGGGUAUGGACUGUUGACAUAUUCUGAUGGUUCCCAUGGGAUUCCAAGAAACGAAGGCUUGUUUGAAAAUAACAAACUAGUAAAGAGAGAAAAAUGUCAAACAGCAAUCCAGAGGGCUUUAAGUGCCUCGAAAGCUGCCUGCACUAUUGCAGUGAACCAAGUUUAACGGGAGAGCAUCAUCAUUUAUCACUCGUUUCUUCCUUUGUUUGGCUUGUUUACACUGUUUCCUGAACAGCCGAGAUCAUAACGGAAAAGCUGUCAGGAGAAUGGAAACGGUUUACCUAAUGUUAUAGACUGAGCUACAUUACAGCUCCACUCAAGUGCAAUGGAACACAGACAGUGCCUCGUACUGAAAAGCUGACUUCUGCACCAGCGACGGCGGAUAUCGGAAGGCCGCUUCUACAUGAAAAUUUACCAUGUCUUCAUGUUUCAGAAGUUAGUAGUAUUUGCAAAUCAAGAAACACUCACUGGAGUUAUUUAAAUGCAUGUAAAUCGUGUUUUAUAAUAUACAGUACAGUACUGUUCCACUAACUGAAUGCUUUAUCCACUCGCUCAUUUGUUCUGUUUAAUAAUGCUUCAGCCAUUACUUGCAUAUUACUUCUAACGUAAAGGGAAAUCCUAGUUUCUAAAUAUCUGAUAUGUUAACUAUGCAGGUACAGGUAUGGGAUCCGUUUUCCAGAAACCCGUUAUCCAUAAUUACGAAUUACAGAAAAGCUAUCUCCCAUUGACUCCAUUAUAAUCAAAUAAUUGCUAUUUUUUUUUCUCUGUAAUA